AUAGUAAUGGCGCUUUAAAAAAGAAAGCAUUCGACGUAAACCAUAUAAUGCCUAAUAGCUUGUAAUUGAUUGAAAUCUAUUACAACAUGCGCUGGUUCCUACUAUUAUUGUUCUUUAUCAGUCUCAUAAAUGUUAGUAUAUCAUGGCAGACUUUUAUGAGAGGUCGAAGCAAACAUGGUAAUCUGGGUGUUCCAAUUUUGUCUAAAGAAUAUGAACUUCCAAAGGAGCAAUGGUUGACACAAUUUUUAGACCACUUUAAUCCAAUUGAUGCACAUAUUUGGCAACAGAGAUAUUUUAUAAAUGGAGAUUAUUAUAAACAUGGAGGCCCUGUAUUUUUAAUGAUAAGUGGUGAAGCUAGUGCAGAUGCUAAAUGGAUGAUGGAAGGACAAUGGAUCGAGUAUGCCAAACAAUUUGGAGCACUAUGUUUCCAAGUAGAACAUCGUUUCUAUGGAAAAAGUCAUCCUACUUCUGAUCUUAGUGUGAAAAAUCUAGUAUACCUUACAUCACAACAAGCUCUUGCAGAUUUAGCUUAUUUUGUAGAAAUCAUGAAUACUGAUUACAAAUUGCCAAAUGGUACUAAAUGGAUUGCAUUUGGUGGGUCAUAUGCUGGAUCACUGGCUGCAUGGUUGCGUUCUAAGUAUCCUCAUCUAGUGCAUGGAGCUGUUUCUGCAAGUGGUCCUUUAUUAGCAGAAAUUGAUUUUCAGGAAUACUUUGUUGUUGUGGAAAAUGCUCUUAAGGAAUAUUCUGAGGCAUGUGUGAAUGCAAUAAAAGAAGCCAAUGAACAAUUCAGCAUAAUGUUACAUCAUCCUAUUGGCCAACAAGGAAUAAGUAAAAAAUGUGUAGGUGUAAAUUUAGUUUAUUGUCUAACGAACUUGUACGAAACGAUAGCAGGUAACUUAGCUGGUAUUGUACAAUACAAUAAAGACAAUCGCAAUAAUACUGCAAUGGCUAAUUUGACUAUUGAAAGUACAUGUGAUAUUUUAACGAAUCAGAAGUUGGGUAUUGCUAUUGAUAGACUUGCAUUUUUAAGUAAUAAAAUAUUGAAUGCGUCAGAAAAGAAAUGUUUAGAUUAUAUGUACAAUAAAAUGGUUCAUGAACUUCGAGACGUAACUUGGACUAGCGAAGAAGCAGAAGGAGGUCGUCAAUGGAUGUAUCAAACGUGCACAGAAUUUGGAUUCUUUCAAACUUCUACGGCACGCCCAAAAUUAUUUAGUGAAACAUUCCCGAUAGAUUUUUUUGUGCAACAGUGUACCGAUGUGUUUGGCCCUAGAUACAAUAUUCACUUGCUAAAAUCAGCAGUCAAUAGAACAAAUAUUUUAUAUGGAGCAUUAAAUUUGAAAGUUACAAAUGUAGUGUUUGUACACGGAUCAGUUGACCCCUGGCAUGUUUUGGGCAUUACAAAAUCACCGAAUUCGCAAAUGCCUGCUAUUUAUAUUAAUGGUACUGCUCAUUGUGCAAAUAUGUAUCCUCCCUCCAAAAAUGACUCACCUGAGUUGAAAGCUGCCAGAGUGGAGGUUGGACGUUUAAUCAAGCAGUGGUUGCAGAAUUAA